CAAACGAACGAAUACAAACUCUUCAUGGCUUCGCGAAUUAAACUUUACAUAGCAUGUUGGUUUAUUGGUGCAUCCGUGCAGAGCGCCGUGUUUCUUAGCUUCAAUGCUGUUGAUUAUUUUAAUUACUUCUUUUCUGACUACAAACCAGAAGUUUAUAUUAGCGUCACUGCCGGAGUUGCUGCUAGUGCUGGUGCUAUUUUAACUGUCCUUUUUCCACCACGAGGAAAGCAUUUCACUGUUUUAUUUUUGACUCUCAUCAUAUCCGCCAUUUUACUUGUUGUUGAAGUCGUACUAACACCUCUGGAGGAAAUAUCCACUCAGCUGCGAUUUGGAUUGAUUCUUGCUGUAAUAUUCCUAGCGGCGAUCACUCAAAACUUUGGCGGAGGAGCGCUGUAUGAUUUCGUUGGGAAACAUUUUCCUACCUUCGGGGUGCAAGCGGCUCAGUCUGGUGGAGUCUGCGCGUUUGCAGCAACCUUCGUUAUCCGUUGUGUGUCCAAAGGAUCUUUUGAGCAUUUGCAAAAUAAGAGACGUGGCUUUCGACUGAGUGGCUAUCUUUAUGUCGCACUAGUGGAUCUGAUCAUCGUUAUUGCUUGCUUUUGUGUCGCUAUCUUGGUGAAAUACUCCAAGAAUGAAGACGCAAGGCGUUUGGCUGCAGUGAAUCAACAGAGGGAAAGUUCAGAUGAACAAACUCCACUACUAAGCAGUACUGAAGCAAUUCGCAACCUAUCGCGUCGGCAAAUUAUCAAGAACAACCUCCCAGGAUUGGCAACUAUUGCUCUAUCUUUAGUCAUUACAAAUUCGUUGUUUCCCGGAAUUACCUCACAGUUUCAUGGAAAUCAUAAUUGCUCAACCCUUAACCAUCACACCAACUACAGUUCUGUGAGUCCCACCUCCCACCUCUCGACUACACCAGACCAUGGUAGUGAUAAAACUGGCUGGUUUGUUGUCAUUCUGUUCGGCUGCUUUUCCUUUGGUGACGCCAUUGGUAAAAACCUACCAAUACUUGGUAUAAUCUACAAUAAAAGGACGGUGAUUUUUAACUGUCUUAUUCAAUUACUCAUUGCGAUACCUAUUUUAUUGAUCUAUUUCAAACCCUGUGUGUCGGGCUUGCAAGCUGAUUGGGUGGCCUACUUCACGUUAGGGGUAAUGGGAGUUGUGAAUGGAUAUGGUUUAUGUGCUGCCAUGAUGCUUCUCGCCCCAGGGGUUCCUGGGAAGAAAUAUGAAGAGGGUCUGGCGUCUAGCAUUGGUUUCAUGUUUUUACAAAGUGGAAUCUUACUUGGGACGGGGAUUAGUGUGUUUUUAGUUGAUUAUGUCUUUGAAGUCACUAAUCAUUGAAGAUUAUAAAACUUGAUCCAUGGAUUUUGUCUGAUAUUUUUAUAUUGUCUUUUCAUUUUAACAUCAAAAUUUAUAUUUUUCACGCUGACUUGUUGUUCGUGACAUGUGUUCAUAUCAUGAUAGUUUGAAAUCCGAAAAUCCUCUUUUGAUCUUUCAAAUCAUCUUAUAUUCGGAAAAAGAAAUCCGAUUACUUUAUUUACACCGCGAAUUUGUAAUAAUUCACCACAACGCCUUAGGCUGGAGGGAAUAACCGAUAAAACAACUUUCCAUAAUUUUUUUACUUCAUUUUUUUUUAAAAUUCAUUUCCAACGAGAACGCAUUUCUUAUAAAUUCUGUUUUAUCUCUCUGAGAAAUCCUCAUCUAACUAAAUAUCACCAACACGUGUUCAAUAAAUAUUAGCAUAUAUAUGUAGUAAUCAGUGGUUUAAAUGUCUUUUGAUGAAGAUGGGUUAUCACGUCACAUGAUAUUCGACAGUGUUUAAAGGUAAUGGGAAAUGUUACGAUUAAAAACGCAUUCAUUUCUGUAUAGAACGUUCGAAUAGCUUUAGCAUCUGAUAUUAUUCUGUAAAAGAAGAAUUUGUAUAUCAUAUAUCUUGGUAAUUAUCUCAUUUAAGAUAAUAGGGCAACAAAUCGUGGUCUU